CGCCCCUCCAGCCAGGUCCCGGGGCGCGUCAGCCUGAGUGUGGCUGAUGCCCGCGCCGGCCCCACCUCUCAGAGCGUUUGCCCAGCCCGUCCGCUCUGGCUGCUUGCCGCGGGCUCUGGCUCUGCCCCGGGGAGCGCCCCGCCCCGUCCCCGAGCGGCGCGGCCGCCUGCCUUCCCCAGCGCCCGGCUCUAGCAUGGGCCCCCCGGCCAGCCGGCCAGCCAAGCGCAGGGCGCCCAGCCCACUGGCUGCGCAGGCGGCAGCAGGCGUCUCCCGCCCAGGGCGCCCCGGCGCGGCGGCUGCAGGGGGACGAGGAUGCCCAAGGAGAAGCCGCUGUGGAAGGGCUCCGCGUUCCGCCUCUGCCUGCUUUCGGCCGCGCUCUUCCUCUGCCUGCAGCUGGGGCUGAGGCGCUCCUGGGCCCUGGAGGAAAAGGCGGGAGCAGCUGCGGUCGGGGCGCUGCGCGCCCGGGUCGCUGCGCGCAAGGGCGGAGCGGAGACACAAGCGCACCUGAAGCCGGAGGCGGCGACCGCCGGCAGGAGGCGCGGGACCUACCUGAGAAGCAGCCGCAGGAGCAGCUCGGAGCAGCCCCCGGGCAGCAGCCGCAGGAAGAUUAUACGAUGGCACGUAGACCUACAGCCUUGGGCUAGUCCAACUCCUUCCUUGAAUUAUGAGGCCUUGAGGUUCCUGAAAUAUAUCACCACACCUCAGAUUUCAUGUGAACAUAUGAAUAUAAACGGCCUGACAGAUAACUCUGAAAGUAUAAAGAAGCCAUGGUCAAUCUGUCUUGAUGAUAGGUUCAAUUUAGUUCAUCGCAUGAAAAGCAAGCAAUGCCGUCUCUAUUCACUGGGACUGGGCAGUGAUGAUAACCAGUUUGAGAUGAGCAUGGCCAACAGUGGAUGUGAGGUGCAUCGAUUUGAUCCUAGUAUCAAAUCAGCUCAUAUUCAGGAGGGACAACAUCUCUGGUACCAUCGUCUGUCCAUUGACUGGAGAGAUCCCAAUCCAGCAAUUGCUGCUCAUAAACUACGUAGCCGUACAAAAAAGCUUGGCACCAUCUUGAAUGAAUUUGGACACCAGAAGAUUGAUGUGCUCAAGGCAGAUAUGGAAAGUGCUGAGUGGAAGAUUUUGGAAAACCUGAUUCUGGAAAACAUUGUUGAACAGAUAGGACAGUUGGUCUUUGAAGUCCACGUUCAUUGGCCUGGAUUUGAGGUCAGUGGCAAUGACAGCAUGGUGGUCCGAUACUGGUACAGUCUUCUGAAAGAAUUAGAACUGAAGGAUUUCAGGCUUUUCCACACCUACAAAGACUUAUCGAAACCACAGCUGUUUCUGAAAAAGGAGGCCUUCAAUGCAAGUAGCUGUUACACACUAAGCUGGGUGAACACAAAAUGGAAAUAACAUAAAGGAAUUGAUGACAUGUAAUCAUCCCACUCAACAGCAAGAGUGAAAAGAACAUUGGAGCAGCUGGCAAAAGUUACGGAACUUGCAAACUGAGGCUCUGCUAUCAAUAUGAACUGUUUUUCUGUUUCUCAGCAGUAUCAGAAAAGCUGGAUGUUGUCAUGUAUUGCUUCUGAGUGCUAGAAAAAGAUCUGGCAUUUAAAUUGUUUUGUAUGAUGAAUCUCCCAUAGGUUACAGCGACAGACUUUAUUAGAAACAGAGCAGAGACAUUUUCUAAGUGUUUGUCUAAAGUGGUUAACACUUCUCUACACGUGGUGUACAUUGAGCCCACCCUUCCUAAAGCUCAUUAGAGAGCAGUCCCCUAUUCUGUCCCUGACAACUUGCUGGGAACAGUUCUUGUACCCAGAGAUGCACCUAAAAAAACCCCAUUGUUUCAAAUCAGUUACUUUCUCAGGGAUGCCUAAGUGAUAUUUUCCUUAAAUGAUUAUGCUCAGACUACCAUUAGUAUAAAAAUACUCCUGUGACCAUUAUGGUAAAUUAUUGGAAAAGAAAAAUUUCUUAAAAGCAGGGGGGUGGGCAAACUUCAGACUGCAUCCGGCUCCUCAGUCAUUUUAAGCCAGCCCUCCAGCUACUGCUGGGGAGCAGGGUCAGGCACUUGCCCUUCUGCGCACAUUCUGGCACCACGUGGCUUCUGGAAGCAGUGGCAUGUCCCUCCUUCAGCUCCUAUGCACCAAAGCACCCCCACCACCACCACCAAAGCAGGGUGGCACCUGCAGACAAGGGGGCCAGCACACAGAGCCACCUGGCUGCACCUCUGCGUAGAAACAGCCAGAAGGGGAUAUGUGUCUGCUUCUGAAAGCUGCUUGAGGAGGUAAGCAUGUCCCAUAGCCUGCGCCCCUUAACCCCCGCCCUCACAUCCCAACCCCCUUACCCCAACCCUAAUCCCCCUUCUUACCCUCCAAACCCCUCAGAUCCAGUCCAGAACACCCUCCUGCACCCCAAACCCCUCAUCUCUGGCCCUACUCUAUUGCACACAGAUCUAGCCAGAACCCUCAUCCCUCCCGCAGUCCAACCUCUUGCCCCAGCUUAGACCCUGAACUCAUUUCUAGCCCCACCCCAGCCAGAGCUCAUACCCCCCUCCCAUAUCCAGCCCCAAUUUUGUGAGCAUUCAUGGCCCUCCAUUCAAUUUCCAUACUUUGAGGUGGCCCUUGGGCCAAAAAGUUUGCCCACCCCUGCUUAAAAGGGACAUUUAACUGGAUAUAACCGUGCUAAACCCAGGAUUGAGGAGGCCAGUUAGGGAUUUGAGGCAAAAAUCUGUCAGGGAUGGUACUUGGUCCUGCUGUGAAGGCAGCGGACUGGACUCAUUGAACUUUCAAGAGCCCUUCCAGCUCUAGGAGAUAGGCAAUCUCCUUUCAUUUCAUUUUAUGUAAUGUUUUGCAAUUAAGCUUUGUAUUAAAUAAAAUGCACACACUGUC